AUGCGCAGGUGCAAGGCGCCGGGCCGCUACCUGCCGAACGCCGAUCUGCCCGCCACCUCCGUCAUCGUGUGCUUCCACAACGAGGCGUGGACGGUGUUGCUGCGCACCGUGCACUCGGUGCUCGACCGCUCGCCCCCGGAGCUGCUCAAGGAGAUCAUCCUCGAAAAUCAGGAUAUACUCCCUCAGGAUACGAAGGCGGGCCUUAAUGUUUGUAUCCAUACCUUUACCCCUUAUGCAUACCCCACCAACCAACCACGGUCACAGCCCGUAAGCGUCGCUGACCCACUGCGAUCUCCAAGGCUCCGCGCCGGCGUGGCUACCGGCCCGCGCCGCCUCCGCGCGGGCGCCCGCACUAAUCCGCGGGGCAAGGGGUGUGCGGCUGUGGUGGAACUUUCACGCGCUUCGCGUGUCUUCGCCGGCGCGUUCGCCGUUGACGUAAGAACGCCGCGCGCCGCUGCACUACCCGUCGUGCGUCGCCCGCCCACGGCCGCCGGCGAAGGCAGGUCCGGCUGGCCCGCUUCUUCGAGUCGGCGGGACGGGACGGGACGGUGCGGGACGGUGCGGGACGGGACGGGACGGAGCGGAGCGGUGCUGGAUGCGCGGAGAUGGGUGGAGGCGGGGUGGGGUUGGGGUGGAGGACGGCGCGAAAGGCUGAUGCACGACCGACGCGCGCCGCGUUUGGCAGCUAACGGGAGAAGCAGGUUAGGAACCCGGCUGCCGCCCCGCGGCGCGCGGUGA